AACCCAUCAAAUCUUGCAAGACAAGAAACAUCCUUACUUAACCUGAAUGUACCUUUCAUUUGAUAUCAUGGAGAAUUUUAUAAAAGAAGACUUGGACCUUUCUACAAGCUCUUUUAAAAGCAACCCACCCAACACAACAUCUUCUCAGUUAUGCAUCUUUUGCAAAAGACAUUUCUUUUCAGUGUCCAUGGAUAUGGCUUUAUUCUUGUUGAUGAGCCAUUACUGAUUGGGGCAGCAGAAAGUGAAGAUACCAUUCUUUUUAUACCUUUAAAUACACCACCCCAUAAUAGAAGGUCUCACCAGCCGUGGCAAGAAAGCAAAUUUUCCGAGCUCUGACAGUAGAGCUCAUUCACCACUCGUUUUUGCAGACAAGUCGAUCAAAGAAGUUCAUCAACAAUGAAGAACCAACACCCAGAACAUGUCAUCGGUAUCCCGGUCAGCUCAUCAGCAUACCCGGUUGAGGGUUCAGGAAAAGGAUAUUUCCUUGAACCUCCUACACGACACCAGACUCCCUCUCCUCCCGAUCAAGGAGAUUCAGUGACUGAUAGGAUGAACAAGCUUGGGAAGAAGGCUGACAGUUUUGUAAAUGGAGUUCGAGAACAUGUGAGAUUAGCACCAAACAUCUCUGAAACUGUGAAGGGAAAGUUGAGCUUAGGGGCUAGAAUUCUUCAAGUAGGCGGGGUGGAGAAAAUUUUCAAGCGACUUUUUCGGGUUAGAGAAGGAGAAAAGCUGUUGAAGGCUUCCCAAUGCUACUUAUCAACAACAGCAGGUCCCAUAGCAGGCCUGCUCUUCAUCUCCACGGACAAGAUUGCCUUCUGCAGUGAGAGAGCAAUCAAAUUCUCUUCUGCAAAUGGGGAAUUGGUUAGAAUUCACUAUAAGGUCCUGAUUCCACUAAGAAAGAUAAAGAUAGCCAACCAGAGUGAGAACACGAAAAAACCAUCACAGAAGUACAUAGAAAUAGUCACUACAGAUAAUUUUGAGUUCUGGUUCAUGGGAUUCUUGAACUAUCAGAAAGCAUUCAAGUAUCUUCAACAGGCACUCUCUCAAGCUUAAAACCCACAUAUAAAAGUAAUUCAAGCAGAAGUUGUUUCUCCCCCUCUGCUUCACGUGAUGUAUUACAUGAUAUGAACAAAGCCCAGCACAGUAAAAUACUUUGUAUAAACUUUUUGUGAAUGAGAAAUUGAUCUCCAUAGUCUUUUGUUCUA